AUGCACGCAUCUCGCAGCAUCUGCUCAAGAUGCGCCUCUCAGCUUCACUCACUGCAAACUCGGCGACUCGGUGGCACGGCGCUGUUUGCCUCUUUGAGUGAUGCCGCAGGUCUCCCUAACGCUGCAUCAAACUCAUCAUCAGGGAGACCAGCAACUCACGAUAAACAUGAAGAAGCAUUUGGAAACAAACAACGCAUCUUUAAUGGAGGUUCUGGCUUUGCAAAGAAAGGACCCCUCAGAGCGUCAGAAGAUUCUGCCAUUGCUCUCUUCAAAGACGUAGUCAAUCCAGAGACAAAAACAGCAACACGGCAAUCCUCUCUCCUUGGUGAAUUGGAAAUUGCGGCAAAGAUCAAAGAACUGUCUAAUAGAAAGAUUGAUGUUCUUGAAAAGCUCGAGAUCUUCAAGAAAACCAUUUCGCCACACUUGAAGGGAUACUACGGACAAAUGCCCAAACAAUUACUCCUCUCCGCAACUCAAUUCUUGGAAAAGACUUGCGACGAAGUUGCCGAGCGCGGCGAUACCGGCCACAGCAUCGAGCUCUCCAAGCUUUACAGCAGCAUAGGAAAGACGGAUCUCGAUAUUAGGAAUCAGCUUGUGCUCAACCUCUGCUAUGCCAUCCUCUUUCAGAAGCAAGACUCGGCAGACCGUGCAAAGCUGAUGAAUGAACUCAUCGGCCUAUGGAAACACAUUUCACAGCUUCGACGCAGGAGUCAAGAGCAUGAGUCACUCAAAUUCUCCUUUCCUCAGGUCCAAGAUGUCCGACGAGACAUUGCCGAUGGCAAAGCAACCAAGACGCACCUCCAUCCCACGACAAGGUCAUUGGCCGCUUUAUUCCUCCAAUUCACCCCGGACCAGGCCCGCGACAUCAUCCCAGGCCUCUUGGCGACUGUUGCUGUUCUCUCAGAUCCACGAUUUAUCAGGUCAGGAACAUACCCAGCCAUGGCCCCUCUCUUGAAUCUACUGGCCGUAGCACUUGGGAACAAAGAAGGUGUGCCUGAGUCAUACGUAUCCGGAGUAUUCAGCGAUCGUAUCCGAUUCCCCCAGGCCAAGCUCUCUGAGAUUCAAUCCUACGUUGUCCAGCAAUGGCCCCAAGCGAUUGAGAUGCUGCAGAAAGAAGACGCACCGUGGCGCUCACACUCGUCGCCCAUCUUCAAUGCUCUCCACAUACAGCUCCGGCAGGCAUACGACGCCCGCGACAGCGGCACCGUGUACUCCAUCUGGCAAGACUUCAAGAGCCGCCUGGAACGGAAACCGGGGCUUGCAAAGCAGCUGCGCAACAAUGCUGAAUUCCUUGACUAUUGGAUAUUCGUCUGGUGCGCGUUCCGCCGCCCUAGGGAGUUGCAGGAGACAUUUAGUUUGAUGCAGCGACUGCAGAUAUUCCCUACCAUCAAGACCUAUACGGGAAUGAUGCACGGCUGGAAGAUAUGCAAGGACACAGACAAAAUCGAGGCUCUUUGGGCAAAGCUAGCAGGCUCUGGUAUGACGCUUGAUACCAUCAUCUGGACAGAGCGCAUCUCCAGUCUCAUCGAGGCUGGAAAGCCGCAAGCUGGAAUCGAGGCACUUGCAGAAAUGCUCGCUCUGUGGAAGACAGCAGUUCAGAAUAAUGCUCAGCAUACAGCCGCACAGCCCACUAUUGAAGCCGUCAACGCAGCUUUCAAGGGCCUUAUACAAGUCGACCGCAAAGCCGCCUUUGACGUGCUCAAGUGGGCGGGCCGCGAGCAAAUCGAGCCCAACGUCCGAACCUACAACAUCAUCAUCCGCCAGAGCUUCCGCGAUGGCUCCCCCGACGAAGUGCAGAAUCUGCUCAAGGUCAUGUCCGAGAACAACAUCGAGCCGGACCCCGCCACAUUCACCAUCAUCCUCGAGGAAGUCAUUGGCGGAAUGGGCCUCGCCCCAGCCGCCGACCAAGUCGAAGCCGUCCACCUCGUCUUCCAGGACAUUGCCAAGGCCGGCCUGCGCCCCAACCAGGAAACGUACGGCAAGAUGCUCUACGCCGUGUCGUCGCUCGCCAACGGCACCGACGAGGCCAUCGACGCCGUGCUCCAGCACAUGCGCCAGGACGACUUCAAAGUGACUCCUCACAUGGUCACCAUCCUCAUCGAGCGCGCUCUCAACCGCGACCCACCCAACAUGAAGGACAUUGACACGCUCCUCCUCGAGCACGGCUUCUCCCACGUCGGCGUCGGCGACCAGACCCUCUGGGAGCGCGUCAUGAGCGCAAACGCCAUCACCGGCAACACGGACCGCGCCAUGGCCGUCUUUGAGGACCUGCAAAAGGCGAGACGGCCGGUAACGUCGCUGCCGUGCUUGACGGAUCUGCUGUGGGCGCUGCUGGCGAGCGAGAAACGCGAUGAGGCAAGGCGGGUGGUGGACGUGGUGCUGGAGUACAAGACAAAGGAUCGGGACUGGGAGGGAGAGUCCAAGGACAAUAGGUACUGGAAGCAUCAUUUCUGGUUUUUGGCCGAGGAGAGGGGGUUGCUUGAGGGGAAGGAGGUGCCGGAUGUGCUGAGGGCGAGUUUGCGUGGAUGA